AUGAACAAAACUGCCGGAGGACUGAAGGGACUGGGUGGCAAAUUACGUUUGUAUUGUGUCUUGGUCAUGUGCCCACCCACGGGUAUGCAUGCCGUCACCACUCUUUUCGUCACCCUUCUAGUCAUUACGACCUGCAUCAUUGCCGCUGCCUCUGUUCGCCAACAAGAGAUGCGACAUUACGCCGCAUCGUACACGCCUGACCUGCCGCCCAAGCUCACGUACGCAGAGGGGAACAUUCCUAUGAUCGGCGAGGCCUAG